GUCGGGUGUCCAGUGUGCGUGAGUAUGUCACUGCGAGUACAUUGGUACACCAGUACACUACAACUGUACACACUAGUGCGGUGGCUCGCGAGGUGGCUCCUCCCAACUUGUAAAUGUCACUAAGACUGCGAGAUUAAACACACCUGAGAAGAUGAACCUGACAGAAACCUGAGAAGAUGAAGAUUUUCUACUCUCUAAACAGUUGGCUACACUAAUGGGCGAGGAAUUUUUAAACAAUAGUAAUUUAUCCACUACAGAUUUAAAAUGUCCAAAAGAAGAGGUAAACCUGUACGACAACUUCACAGGGUUCCCUUUGGCUGUACCAAUGUGGGAGGCCCUAAUCACGCUUCUAGUGCUAGGUUUCAUCAUAGUAAUAACGAUAGUUGGAAACAUAUUAGUAAUUCUCAGUGUGUUUACCUACAAGCCACUCAGGAUAGUACAGAACUUUUUCAUAGUAUCUUUAGCGGUAGCUGACUUAACAGUGGCAAUACUAGUGCUUCCAUUUAACGUUGCGUACUCUUUGCAUGGACGAUGGGUGUUCGGUAAACUAGUGUGUACCAUGUGGUUAACCAGCGAUGUCAUGUGCUGCACAGCUUCCAUCCUGAACUUGUGUGCCGUAGCUUUAGACAGGUUUUGGGCUAUCACAGACCCGAUAAAUUACGCUCAGAAGAGGACACUAAACCGAGUCAUGAUAAUGAUCGCUCUGGUUUGGAUUCUUUCUGCAGUAAUCUGCUCACCUCCUCUCUUAGGCUGGAACGACUGGCCGAAGGUUUUCGACGACAACACCCCUUGUCAGCUCACAUCACAAAAAGGAUACAUCAUAUACUCUUCAUUAGGGUCAUUUUUUAUUCCCGCUCUUAUUAUGACUAUAGUUUAUAUAGAGAUAUAUGUCGCUACCCGCCGUAGACUGCGCGAGAGGGCGAAAGCUUCCAAACUCAAUGCUGUGAAAAACUCCAUUGCGACGCAGAACAAUUCAGUAAAAGAACGACAGUCACCUCUGGAUCAAGAGUCGGUGAGUAGUGAAACGAAUCAUAACGAGCAUCCGGGUAAUGCGAGACAAGAUAAGAAGAAAAAAGGGAAAAAGAAAAAAAAGAAACCAAUAGAAGAGAAAAGUAAAUAUUUGACCCCAAACUACGCGGCCGAAGAUUCAGUAACAGAUGUUCACGAUGAGAAAAGGAGACCCAGUGGAAAUGUAAAUGUAGAUGAAGCCUGCCGUACUCCAACAAACACUAUCACGACAGCCGGGGACUCGUCCCCACACUCAAAGGUCAUCAAUCAGAAGGACACGGAUGUCAUGCUUCCUGGCAAGCGUGUAAACCAGGUCUACCAAUUCAUUGAAGAGAAGCAAAAAAUAUCUUUAUCUAAGGAAAGAAGAGCUGCUCGCACUUUGGGUAUAAUUAUGGGAGUAUUUGUGUUCUGUUGGCUUCCCUUUUUUCUCAUGUAUGUCAUUCUUCCCUUUUGCAGCACUUGCUGUCCCUCAACUACCUUUGUAAACUUUAUCACAUGGCUUGGUUACAUUAAUUCUGCUCUGAAUCCUAUAAUCUAUACUAUAUUCAAUUUGGACUUUAGGAGAGCAUUCAAAAAGCUGCUUCACAUGAAGUCACCUGCGUGAUAUGUUGUAAAGAGAAUAUAAAGACGUCUUUAUAAUGUAUUUAUUGUUUUGUUAACUAUUUAUUAGUUUUACUACUGUCAAGGAAAAACUAUAAUAUAAUGUAAAUAGUUGACUAAGGUUGUAUAGAAGUUUUUAAUAGGUUCACAGUCUACAGGUGUUUUUGGGAAUUCCAGUUGAAUUUAUGUGAUAUAUAAUGCAAAUUAUUGAUUUGUGUCAGAGUUUUAUCGACUUAAGGUAAAUUUUAGCCUAUUUAUUUUAGGUGAUAGCUUUUCAUGAUAGUUUAUUGGUGAAAAUAUUAGAAUGUUUUAGUACAAACUGAAGAAUGAAAGAAACCAUUAACAGCUAUAUUAAGUUGUGGUGUAACAUAAAUGUUUCCUAAUACUUGAAAGAAAACCACCAAAUCAUUUAGGACUAUUUAACAACUAAAUUUUGAUUUUACAAAAUUUUUAAUUUACAAACUUAUUACAAGAAAGCGAUGAAUUACGCGAAACUAUAAGGUUACAGGUAUUAAUAAAUCAAAUAAAUAUUUAAGAUUCAAAGACUAUGUCGUGUGUGCCAGCCAAAAGCGAGGGAACAUAAACUAGUUGUGCCGUGAGCCCCGCACCCCUAGAGUAUCAUUCCCUCAUCUGGCACACCAUUUACUGUACAUAUUUUUGUUAAUAAA